CGGUCGCCACACCGAUUUGCCGCUGAAUAUUAUUCCAACGCUGUAACAAAAAAAAAAUGUUGCAAAGUUCUAAAAAGUCUUCAUGUUUGUUUAGAAAAAUCACAUUUAUUUGCGGCUUAAUUGCGGUGAACUGUGUGAAUGAGGUUAAAAGUGUUGAGUUCUAUACUGAAAAACCUGCUUUCCUGCCCUCAUGCAAAAUCUAUCAGCCUGGUUUUACAAAAUGUUCAACAAAUACUGUGCAAAAACUGAUUGAUCAAUUGGUGAUAGGCAUACCCGAGGUGGUGAAAGAGUUUGGUACCUUUGAUCCAAUGCACGUACAUGAUAUAUAUUUCAAACAGGAUAAUAACGAUGUCGCUACGGUGCGCGCCAACUUGAGUGAGGUUAUUGUAAAAGGCUUCUCGAAGACUGUGAUUAAAGAAAGCAGGGUUAGCAAAAAAGAUUUCAGCUGGGUUACGAAAAUUUUUCUACCAAAAAUGCGUUUAGAUGCCAAGUACAAAAUGGAAGGACGAAUUUUGUUGAUACCUCUAAGAGGUGCUGGUAAAAUGUUCAUAGAAAUCGAUAAUCUUGAUAUCAUCCUGUAUACGAAGACACGUCUAUAUCAAAAGGCUGGUUACACUUUCGAUAAUGUCACCGCCGUUCGCGUAGACUUGAAUAUGACACGUGUCCAAACAAACUUCGAAAAUAUUUUCAAUGGACAAAGUAAGGAAGUGGAACGCAGCACAAACGAGUUCUUCAAUGAGAAUUGGCGUGACUUCUAUGAAGCACUCAAACCGAUUAUCAUCGAAACUGUUGAGACUAUACUCUAUGACAUAAUGCAUAAGGUUUUCAGUUUGAUACCAGCGAAUUUCUUUGUCGAAGAUAUACCCACGCCAGAGCAGUUAUACGGCAACAAGAAGAGCUCUGGCAAAUAAUUAACUAUAUUUUAAAUUAUAC